AAAACAACAUGCAGUUGCUGCACGCUUUGCAAUCCAGUGUUUUUGCAUGAGGAUCUGCAGAACAGAUGAGUGAACACACUGUUUUUCAUAUGUAGAGGAGGUCAAAUUCCAAAUUCAUAUUCAUGUUCAUAUUCUUUGAUGUUUUCUUCUAUUACACUGCUGUAUGGAGCUGAGAUUUCCCUGAGGGUCAGUAAAAUGUCUUCUUGUCUUAUCCUCCUUGAACAGUGGCUGGGCUGCAGUCUUUCAAAGGCUCCAUGGUGCUGCUUUCAGCCUCAUCUAGUGGCUAAACACAGCAACAGCAGGAAUGUACUGUGACAAGCAUCCAAAGGCAUCUGAGGCCCCUGGACACCAGUCUAAUUGGCACGCUCGAUGAAUGCAUCAAGAGUGUAACUCCAGACAGUAUGGCACCACAGUCCUUUGCAGGCACUUCAUCCCCGCUCAACGAGACAUCCCUAACAGACAGACAAUGAAUCGCACCUGCACACCGUCAUCAUCCUCAUCAUCAUCACCGUGCUGCGUGUUUUCCCUCCACCCAGGUGAUGAUGCUGCUGCUGUGGGUGGGGGCUCAGCUUCUUCUUAUUAGGCUGCGGUCCCUGCGGCUAUCGCGAGUCAGUCUGGGGCUGAAGUCAGUCUGGUGGUAAACUUCCCUCCCCAAAGACAAACAGGGAGACGACACGAGAGAGCAGGAUCCAGAUGACUUCUUUUUCUUGUGGCUCCCUAUAGUCAAAACUCAACAGACACAAUGCACUGCCAUUUUGUAAGCUGCCACGCCACAACCUGCAUUGAUUCCCAAAGCUGAGGUUAACUACGUGGAAAUACAAUGUGCAGAUAAAUAUAUGUGAGUCAUUUUUGCCCAGCUUCUCCUACAAAGCUGAGUAGCCCUGACUGACGGAUCCUUGACACACAAAGGUCAGAUUUAAAGAUACAUUUAUGAACUUCAGUUAGUGGAAACCAGCUUUUAUAUGUGGUGUCAAAACUACUGCAAAGACUGAGCAACAGGAAACAACAGUGCUACUCAUCAAGCAACUCAGAAGUUAACUCCGCUCUGUUUAACAGCUGCUAAAGUGUUCAAACAUGGCAACAGCUCCCACUAUGGAAGUGGCAGACAUCAUCGUUGUAGUAAUCUACUUCAUCGUGGUGCUUGCAAUCGGCUUCCUGGCCAUGUGGAGAGCCAAUCGGAACACAGUGAGUGGCUACUUCCUCGCUGGUCGCUCCAUGAACUGGGCGGCUGUAGGAGCGUCUCUAUUCGUCAGCAACAUAGGAAGUGAGCAUUUCAUUGGACUUGCUGGAUCCGGUGCUGCUAGUGGGUUCAGCGUGGCUGCAUGGGAAUUCAAUGCUCUGUUAUUGCUCCAGUUGUUGGGCUGGGUGUUUAUCCCUGUCUACAUUCAGUCCGGAGUUUACACUAUGCCAGAGUAUCUGUCCAAACGGUUUGGAGGGAGGAGACUCAAGGUGUAUUUUGCUGCGUUAUCACUUGUUCUAUACAUCUUCACCAAGCUGUCUGUGGACCUCUAUGCCGGAGCCUUGUUCAUCAAGGAAUCUUUAGGGUGGAACCUCUAUUUGUCAAUCAUCCUGCUCAUUGCCAUGACUGCUUUGCUGACAGUCACUGGAGGUCUGGUUGCUGUCAUCUACACAGAUACAGUCCAGGCAUUCCUCAUGAUUGCUGGAGCGCUCUGUCUUACAGGCAUCAGCCUCUUCAAAGUGGGAGGACUUGAAGGGGUGAGGAUAAAGUACAUGCAAGCCACUCCAAACAUCUCUGCCAUUUUGCUGUCUUCACCCAAUCUGACGUAUUCUGAAUCCUGCCACCACCACCUCAACCCAAAACCAGAUGCACUGAAAAUCCUUCGAGGCCCAAGGGAUCCAGACCUGCCCUGGCCUGGUUUUUUGCUGGGGCAGACUCCUGCCUCUAUUUGGUACUGGUGUGCAGAUCAAGUGAUUGUACAGCGGGUUCUGGCAGCAAAGAACAUCGCCCAUGCCAAAGGUUCUACUAUCAUGGCUGGCUUCCUGAAAAUCCUGCCUAUGUUUGUCAUUGUCAUUCCAGGGAUGAUUUCCAGGAUCCUCUUUGCAGAUGAGUUGGCAUGUAUUAGCCCAGAGCACUGCAUGGAAGUGUGCGGUUCUGCGGCUGGCUGUAGCAAUGUGGCUUACCCACGGCUCGUCAUGUCAGUGAUGCCUGUUGGUCUCCGUGGCCUGAUGAUGGCUGUCAUGAUCGCUUCUCUAAUGAGCGACCUGGACUCCAUCUUCAAUUCGGCGAGCACCAUAUUCACUCUGGAUAUUUACAAGAUGCUACGGAAGCAGGUUUCAUCCAGAGAGCUGAUGAUUGUCGGUAGACUGUUUGUGGUUUUUAUGGUGAUCAUUAGCAUUGCCUGGGUGCCAGUCAUCAUUAUGAUGCAGGGAGGCCAGAUGUUCUAUUACAUCCAAGAAGUAUCAGAUUAUCUGACUCCACCCAUAGCUGCUGUCUUCUUGCUUGGUGUCCUCUGGCAUCGCUGCAAUGAGACUGGUGCCUUUUGGGGUGGGAUGGCAGGGUUUACACUCGGAGCGCUGCGUCUGGUGUUGGCGUUUGUUUACCGCGAACCACACUGCGAUCAGCCUGACGAGCGGCCGUCUUUCAUCAAAGAUGUCCAUUUCAUGUAUGUGGCAGCCAUCUUGUUUUGGGUUGCAGCUUUGGUGACUGUUGUUGUGAGUCUCUGCACUCCUCCCCCUGAAAAAGAACAAAUCAGAACAACUACUCUGUGGGGGUUAAACAGGAGAAAGCGGCUAAAACAGCAAUUAAAUGAAAAAGCUGAAGACGACAUCAGCACAUUGAAGCCUCUUAACCAUAAAGCCUUAAAUGGAAACUGUGUGCUUGGUAACGAAAAGCGUCAAGACCACCCGAAUAAGCUCAAUGGUAUUGAGGCCAAUCAUGGAAAUGCUCAGCUAAGCAAUAGUCACACUAUCACAGCCACUGACAAUGAAACCCAGCAUCCAGUUCAGAAUGGUUGCUAUGCACUGAUUACAGACCCCAAAAUGGUAGAAGAGGGAGAAGUGAGGGAUGGGGAGGAGGAAGGGGAGGGCUGCUUUGGAGGGGGAGGAGUGGAGGGUGGGAGGUAUAUCAAGGUUUUAGAGUGGUUCUGCGGCCUCCAAGAGAAACCAUCCAAAACUCAGGUCAUUACAGUUCAGGAACAGGAGAAGAUUGUAGAUGAUCUUCUCGAUGAGCCUCCACGAACCAGAAUCAUCCUGAACAUAGGACUGGUGGUGAUUUGCUCUGCAGGGAUCUUUCUCUUCAUCUAUUUCUCCUUAUAGGCUCCAAAAUGACUUGAGUCAAGUUACUGCCUCAGAACACUGUUGGGGUCGAGUCUUCAGGAAAACAGGGGACAUCAUUAAAUAACAGCACUUCUUUUUGUACAAGAAUAUACUGUGGUAUUUUUCAUUUAGCCUACACGACAAAAAGCUCAUGUUACAUAUUGUAUUUGUUCAAGAAAUACACUAAAACUAGACUGAACCAUUGGUAAUCAUAUGUGCUAAUACUUUAGCAUACAGUAACUUUACAGUGACAGUUUGCUAAAAGUGAAGGACAUUUGUGUCAUGGAAACAUAAUUUCACAACAACAUAUUAAAAUCCAAGUGAUAACAAAUUACAAAAACAAAAUAGCAACUAGCAUAAUUUUAUACAUGAACUUUUGCAUUCUCAAAACUAAUGCUAAUAUUCUUGAAUACUUCUGGUCACAUUUUGCCAUACUGGAAAGGAGAUUAGUGAAAAUUGUACAGAAAGUGAUAUAAAACAACACUGAUUUUAAUUGGCAAUAACACCACAGGGCACUAUUUGCUGAGAUUCUGGUAGGGUGCAGUGUGCCAAGUGUUAGCAGGGAUGUAUGGAUGGUUUUACCUGUAAUUCUUAAUGCAAACCUAGUGAUAGAAAUAAGUAUAGAAGGCUCAUUUUAUGUAUUUUCCAAAAUUCAUAUUUGACUGUGACAUGUGCUCUUUUGUUGUGUACAAGUACGAUAACAUAUUCCUGAAUUUGUCCUCAUGGGGAUGUUUUCAUGAUAUGGAAAUUCAUAGUGAAUGUGAAAUUUGCAGUGACUUUGCCUUAAUUUAGAUUUUACUGGAAAUGUUUUCUACUAUGUUUUUCUUUUUUUCUUUUUUUUCUACAUAAUUUCCCCGAGGGACGUAAUUUCCCCAAGGGACGUAAUUUCCCCGAGGGAGUCAUCCCAAAGGGAUCAAUAAAGUCCCUCUAAGUCUAAGUCUAAGUCUUUUUGUCUUUCAUAUUUGAAAGGACAGUCAUUUUCAACACAUCAGAGAGGGUUAGAGAGUAAUACUUUGUUAUUAUAAAAGAUACACAUGAUGUGUGUGGUAUGUGCUAAUGCUCAAACAAACUGUUGAACAACCUGUUCUAAGUUGCACACAAGGAUGUCUUGGGAAAAUAAACAUUUAAUGAAAUCUUCUUGUUUUUUUCUACACUAAAAUGGUAUCUUCCACUCAAAUAGUUUAUUUUUUUAAUGAACAUAAUUGUGAUUUAUGAUGUUAUUGUAUUGUUUUGUAAGAAAUAAGCCUGAUCACAGAUGUGUAGGGGAGGACUUUGAGAAAUAACAACCUAGCAUUUCUAGGACUGGCAUUUCUGAAUGUGGCUAAUGUGGUUUUUCUCAGGAAUGAUUUUAGGUGCCAGUUCUGAGUUGUCUUCCCGCAUUUGACGGUAGUGAGAUCCUACACCAUCGGUGUGCACAAUAAAAAAUAGAGAUGGAACUA